CUGGUUUCUGUGCUGGAUGGACGAUGACCUACCAGUGCUUUGUAUCGAUUUAGGCGAUUUCGGGAGGCACAAUUUUUUCCCUCUAGUGCUGUGUGCAUAUUAUCAAGCCUCGUCGCAACGGUUGUUUGUGUGUUGGAGGUCUCAUCCCUUAUCGAAGAUUCGGAUCAACAAAGCUUGUGACGCGCUCGAGUUCGUGCGAUCUUUUUCUCUGAAGAAUAAGUUAACUUCACGCUGAAUUGUGUUUUCUUAUUGUGAUUGAUACCACGAUGCCGCAAAUAAGUUGAAAACUGCGUAUUUAAUGCCGAUGUCCGGAUUAUUCUCUUUUGCCGAUACGAUCUUGGAUUUUAAUUUUAUACAGCGUACGAGGGAGGGGCGGUGAUGGGGCGAGGCCCCUUGCCGCCUCUCGUGGCCUUGGUGCUCCUGUGUUUGUGCUGGUCGCCCACCGGAGUUACCCAGAAGCCUGAGAGGGUAGAGAAAGUUUGCAAGAGCGUGGAUAUUCGUAACAAAGUAGAGAACUUCAAGAAGUUGGAGAAUUGUACUGUGAUCGAGGGGUACCUCCAAAUAUUGCUCAUCGACAAUGGCCAAGCUCAGGACUAUGAUGGGCUCUCCUUCCCAGACCUUGUCGAAAUCACGGACUAUUUUCUUUUGUACAGGGCCUUCGGCCUCAAUUCCGUGGGUAAACUCUUCCCAAACCUGUCGGUCAUCCGAGGCAAUGAACUAUUCCACAAUUACGCCUUCGUGAUUUUCGAAAUGUACCACCUGCAAGAGAUCGGUCUCAGCAAACUGACUGACAUCUUGAGGGGGUCGGUAAGGAUAGAAAAGAAUCCUGGUUUGUGUUACGUGGAAACCAUUGACUGGGACCUUAUCGCGAAGGAGGGUAAAGGUGGACAUUUCAUUAAAGCGAACAAAAAGGCAGCAGAAUGUCCAAAUACGUGUCCUGAGAAUGACCAAUGUCCAGAAUCUCAAGAUAAAUCUCAUCGCCUGUGUUGGAAUUCUCAACAUUGCCAAAAGGUUUGUUGCAAAACGGAUUGUGAGCAUAAUGCAACGUGCUAUAAUUCCACACAUUGCUGUCAUCCUGAAUGCUUAGGAGGAUGUUAUGGGCCUCUGUCGUCUGACUGUAUUGCAUGCAAACAUGUUAUGUAUUAUGAUGAAAAGUACGGGAAAAGAUGCAUGAAAAAAUGUCCUUCCAACCUGUACGAGUUCAUGGGCCGGCGUUGUGUGCAAGAGGAAGAGUGUAAGAAUUACACUAUCACAGACAAGCAGACAGAUGAUCUUCUUGAUGCAAAACGUGCAGAAGACACUCGGAUAUAUUUCAAGCCCUUCAAGAAUAAAUGUUUGCAAGAAUGCCCUCCUGGUUUCGUUGUGGAUGAUAACAAUCCGCAUGUUUGUAAGAAGUGUGAUGCUAAGUGUCCAAAAAUUUGUCCAGGUAUGACCGUAGAUCAUGUUGGUGCUGCACAAAACUACCGAGGAUGUACAAGGAUAAAUGGUUCAUUAGAAAUUCACAUACAAGGAGGAUCAAAUGUUAUAAAAGAACUGGAAGAGAACUUGAAUAUGAUUGAACAAAUUGAUGGCUAUUUAAAAAUUGCUCGGUCUUUCCCUUUGGUUUCCCUGAAUUUUUUGAAAUCCCUCACAACUAUUCGUGGUGAACAGUUGGACAAAAAGAAUUAUGCUCUACUGGUUUUGGAUAAUCAGAAUUUACAAGAGCUUUGGGACUGGCAGAAUCGUAAGACCAAACUUAAAAUUAUGAAUGGAAAGAUCUUCUUUCACUUCAAUUCAAAACUCUGCCCCAGCAAGAUCCAAGAACUGAAAAAAUAUGCAGAAGUAGCUGAUUGGGAUGACAGAGAUGUAUCACCAAGUUCAAAUGGCGACCGUGUUGCUUGUGAUGUUACAAACAUGAAUGUUACAGUUCAAAGUCUUACACCAACAGUUGUAAGGGUCAAAUGGGAAAGUUUCCAUAAGCAGUUGUAUGAUGAAAGAUCUCUCUUAGGAUAUGUCAUUUAUUAUCGAGAAGCAUUGUUUCAGAACAUUUCUAUAUUCGAAGGCCGUGAUGCUUGUGGGACAGAUGCAUGGACAGUUCGGGAUGUAGAGGUUGUUGAAGAUUCAAAUAAUUUCAUUAUUCAUCAUAUAACUGACCUCAAGCCGUUUACUCAGUAUGCUCUUUAUAUACGUACAUAUACAACUGCAUCAGGUAGACAAGGUGCUCAAAGCUCCAUUGUAUAUUUUAAAACUGAACCAGACACUCCUACUCCACCUGUAAGUAUAAAAGCAAGAUCAACACUGCAUGGUGAAAUAGUAGUAUCUUGGAAGCCUCCCAAACACCCCAAUGGAAAUGUUACUUACUAUAUUGUAGAAGGUGUUUACGAAGAAGAUUCAUCUUACUUUUCAGCCCAACGAAAUUAUUGUUUAGAGCCAAUUGCUUUCCCUGAAUAUCGAAAAAGUUUGUACGAUGAUGACACAAGACAUACUGGACUUUUUGACAAUGCUACUUCAUCUAGUGCAGAUUCCGGUGAAGAUGGAGAAUGCUGUGCUUGUUCAAAGGAUCAAAGAACUUUGGGUGUUGAUGAUGAUGAUGCAGAAUUCCAGAUUCAUUUUGAAGAUUUCUUGCAUAACAAAGUGUAUAUUAAAAAUCCAGAUAUAACUCGAAGCCGAAGACAUGUACUUGUACGAACUUCAAAAGAAGAAACUACACCGAGGACCACGAGUGAUCCUUUCAGUGUUGUUAAUCCUUCAAUACAACCUCUUGAUGGAGACAAAUAUGUUAAUGGCUCGUUAUUACAAUUCAGGAGAUUAGUGUAUCAUCAUACUUUUAUAGUUGUUUCUACUUUAAGACAUUUUACAGAAUAUACAGUUGAAAUCCGAGCUUGUCAAGAUAGUCGACCAAAUAUGAGAACUGAUCCAUGUAGUACAAAAGCUAUCACAAGUGUACGGACUCUUCAUUUACCUGGUGCUGAUGAUAUCAGGAGUAAUAGUGUGCAGAUAUUAACUGAAAAUGCUACUGUAUACUCUGGUUUUGUGAAAUGGGAAGAGCCAAAAGAAUCGAAUGGUGUUAUUAUUGCCUAUACUAUAGAGUAUAGAAGAAUGAAUGGUGAAAAUUACAAACCUAAAAGGAUAUGUGUCACCAGAUCAAAUUAUUUGAUCCGUAAUGGUUACUACCUUUCUGAAUUGCCACCUGGAAAUUACUCCUUACGUAUCAGGGCAACAUCAUUGGCUGGUCAUGGAAAUUGGACCCAACAUGUUUAUUUUCAUAUUGUUGCUGUCUCUGAUAACAUUACCAUGGAAACUGCUUUGGCUUUGGGUAUUGUAUUCUUCAUAGCAGUAGCAAUUGGGUGCAUGUAUGGAGUUUAUAGAUGGAAGUUGAGCCCAAGAAUUCCAGACUAUGUUGAUUAUGCAUCAGUCAAUCCGGAAUACAUGAGCUCUAAUCUAGUUUAUACACCUGAUGAAUGGGAAAUUGAACGAGAAAAAGUUCAUCUUUUAGAAGAACUAGGACAAGGCUCAUUUGGCAUGGUUUACAAAGGAAAUGUGAUUGAUUUAGAUGGAAAGCCAUUAACACCUUGUGCUGCUAAGACUGUGAAUGAAAGUGCAUCUCUAAGAGAACGAAUUGAAUUUUUGCAAGAAGCAUCUGUGAUGAAGGCUUUCAAUUGUCACCAUGUUAUAAAACUUCUGGGUGUUGUAUCGAAAGGCCAGCCAACUCUUGUCAUUAUGGAACUAAUGACUAAUGGAGAUCUGAAAACUUACUUACGUUCACACAGACCUGACUCAGAUGACAAUCCUGGUGAACCACCACCUACAUUAAAACAGAUUCUUCAAAUGGCAGCUGAAAUAGCAGAUGGCAUGGCAUAUCUGGCAGCAAAAAAAUUUGUCCAUAGAGAUCUUGCUGCUCGUAACUGCAUGGUAGCAGAAGAUUUAACGGUGAAAAUUGGUGAUUUUGGAAUGACAAGAGAUGUUUAUGAAACUGAUUAUUAUCGCAAAGGAGGAAAAGGUCUUCUUCCAGUUCGCUGGAUGUCACCAGAAUCUCUAAAAGAUGGUAUUUUUGACAGUAGAACGGAUGUAUGGUCAUAUGGGGUUGUACUUUGGGAGAUGGCAACUCUAGCAUCACAGCCAUAUCAAGGACUCUCCAAUGAAGAUGUUCUGAAUUUCGUAAUUAGAGGAGGGUCAAUGGAAAAACCAGAAAACUGCCCAAAAGAAUUGGAUAACUUAAUGAGAAUGUGUUGGGACAAAAGCCCUAAAAGUCGUCCAACUUUUGUGGAGAUAGUGCAGAUGUUGAGUCCACAUGUCAAUGCCAAGUUCCGUGCAGUUUCAUACUGUUUUAGUGAAAGACAUUUGACCAAUUCUGUAGACAUUGAAGAAGUGGCAACUCCAAACACGCCUCUUCGGUCAUCCGUUCGGGAAGAGGACGCAACUGAAGAACAGAUAUACAGGUACUUUCCAAGUGUCACCCAAUUGCCUGAGGACAAUGCUAAUGGUGAUGGACCUGUAAAUGUAGAUGUGGACGAAGAACCAACUACUACAACAGACUCUUUAAUUGGAGCAGACUCUGUAGCUGUUGCUGUUAAUUCCAAUGAAGGAAGUAAAGCCAUUUCCAUCAAUUACUCUGAUGGAAGUAAAGGUAGCAAAAUUAGUACUCUUUCAAAUGGUAGCAUAGCCAAUGGACAUGUGGUUUAUGCAGUCAACAAGAAAGGCAACUGAGUGUUCAUUUCUUUUGGUACAAGUAGCUGGAUAUUUGACCAAAGAAAAUGUUCUGUCUACUCUAGGUGACUCAUUUGAAUUGAGAGAAUCAAAGAUCAUAAUUAUUUAAUUAACUUUGAUUAAUUUGCUCAUUGUGAAUUAUGUUCAUUUGUAUCACAGUGUUUGUCAUUUUUAAAAGUUAUUUUUAUUUCAAAAGAUUGUCAGAACAUAUGCUGUUUCAAAAGGUUGAGUCAGUUACUGAAAAGAAAAUUUUAAAUUGACCUUUAAAAGAAUAGAGAAUUUUCUUGUGUUGAUUAAAAAAUCUGAAUAAUUAUGGUUGCGCAUAUAGAGCAUUAUAAAGUCACAUUAUCAAAAUCUGAAAUUUUUUUAAUGACAAUCAUGUGAUGCUAAUAAUUUUAAAAAAAGGAGAAAAAAAAUCUUAUUUCUUUUACUGCUAAAUAUGUUUUUGAAAAAAAAUAGUUUUUGCAGAAAACUUUUUCAUUUAAUUUUUAUGCCAGUAUACCUAUCAGCAAAUGACUUCAUUUAUGCUCAAUUUGCAAACCAAUGCAAUAAAAAGUAUUUGAAAAAUCAUAUUGAAAAAAUUACUUGUUACAAGUAAUUCUGUAAAUUUUCAAGUGCCUCUUGCUACCAUAAUUUUUUUUAUGAUUUUUAAGUGAGUUGUAAAACUUCAAAUUUUUAAUAUAGAAUUUUAUCUAUUAUGAAAAUUGAUUAUAUCCAAACUAAAUCUUUCUAUUUGUAACAUGUAUCUUUAAUAUUGCCUCCCCCCCAUUUUUGAAAACUUGUCGAUUUAUAAUGCUCUUAAACCAAUUGUUAUAUUUGAUUAUUUGUACAAAUAAUUAAUUUAUGAAAAAUAAUUUAAAUAUCAGUAUCCUAAUACCUUAAUUCUGCAAAAUGCAGCAUUUUGCUAAGAAUAUUUAAUGUUCAACAAAAU